AUUUAUUCCUCCAUUUCUUAAAAAAAAAACAUUCAUUCCUCCAUUGUUGAUUAACUUUGUAAGUUAUACUCCGUAUCAGCUUCCCCCAUUCUACUGCAUUGAGCCAAGGAUCAUACAAACUCUUUAUGUAGCUUGAACCCAAUCUGUUUUCUUGUAGCUGUACCGAUUCAAAGCACCCUCCGGCCUCCACAAUCAGAUCUUCCUCUUCCUCGGACGUUGCUUCCCAUCGGCAAAGCAAUCUCGCCGCACUAAGAACCCUACGCGAGUAAGUCUCGCGCGGCACUGUUCAAGAAAAAGUUGAAUUAGUUCACAAUCGCUGCUCGUCUAAAAGUUGAAUUAGCCAGCGACUUCUAACCCCCUCAGGCGACGUACCCAUCUUAAUUUGAACGAUUUGAGGACAAAGUCGUAGAAUUUCAAUUCUUUUCCUGCUACCGGUUGUUGUAACGCGAUUGCUAGCUCCUAUUGUUUACUUUUGUUGCCUUCGACAGUUGUUACUGGCGAACCAUGGUUGGAAUCUGCCACAUAUUUCGAACCAUGGCAGUUUAUCUCGGGAGGAAGCCACGACCGGUUGAAUUCGGAUUGCCUCGGCUAUUACACCACGGCCCAGACACUGUUGAGGAGCUUCUCGAUAGGCACAUUGUCAAGGAGAAGAAGAAUAGUCUAGAUGAUAACGAAAUCAUGACUCCCCAGCGGCUCACCGGAACUCGGCGGGAGGCACUGAGUCUCUAUCGGGACAUCAUCCGGGCUACCCGUUUCUUUAUGUGGCCCGACUCCCGAGGUGUUCUAUGGCGUGAUAUUCUUAGAGAGAAUACCCGAAAGGAAUUCGAGGAUGCCCGGUUCGAAAGGGACCCGGAAGUUAUCACGCGUUUGCUGAUUGGGGGUCACGACGCCCUGCAAGCUGCCCUCGACAAACUUGUGGAGAAACAGAAGCAAGAGAUCAAGAAGCUGUAAGGAAAUUCACAAUUUUCCAAUUUUCUGUGGUAAUAUUUUUGUAUGAUUUAUUCUGGAAAAAACAUGUAUAUAUAAAUAAACAAACCCGGGUGAAGUUAUUUUGCAUCAAUAUGUGUUAAUGUGGAAGCUGUUAUGGACCAACUGCUAGGCUGCUAGCUAUUCCAUAAACGGAAAUAUAUUUGUUACCUGUUACCCUUUUAGCAGCGUGAGAAGUUUCUCAAUUUUCAAAGUGUGCGGCUUUUCAUGAGUUGAUGAUGAUCUACCACAAGUUUUGAUGUCGAUGAAGUGUUUGAUUGCAAGGUUUGAUCCUUAGAUGAGGAUGUGACAGUAUCAGAGGAUUCAGAGAUGACACUUAUUGACAUAUAAGAGAUAUCAUAUAGUUUAUAUUGUAUGAUAACUAUAUAUGUGUCUAUAUAUGUUUAUUGCAUGCCACUACGUUGCAUUUUAUGUCCCAAUUAUUUAUGUAGAGGGG